AUGUCUCUACGUUUAAACGAACUACUUGAUCAUUUAAAAGUAACAAAUAUGCCGGCUCGUAACAUAAUGAGAUUAUCACAGAUGUAUCCACCGAUAACCGGCACACUUAAUAACGCUCAGAUGAAAUCAAAGUCUACUUCGGAUAGUUAUGAAAAUUUAUCGAAGUAUGGAUUCAUUAAAUCUAUUAACACUGGCAUGUACGCUAUUCUACCCAUGGGACUACGUGUCUUAAAUAAAUUAAUCAAUCUAGUUGAUAAUGAAAUGGAAAGAGUAGGAGCUCAAAAGAUUAUGCUUCCAGCUUUAACCGCGACACAAUUGUGGAAGCAAACAAAUAGAUUUGAUAGUGCUAAAGACGAAUUAUUUGUACUGCAAGAUAGACACAGUAAAAAAUAUAUACUUAGCCCAACACACGAAGAAACAAUUUGUCAUUUAAUUUCAUCUGAAGGAACUAUGCCCUCAAAAUUGUUACCUUUGAGAUUGUAUCAGAUAUCUAACAAGUGGAGGGAUGAAAUGAAACCACGUUGUGGAUUCUUGAGGAGUAGAGAGUUUGUCAUGAAAGAUUUAUAUACAUUUGAUGCAACUUUGGACGAUGCAAAGAAAACUUAUGAAUUAAUAUGUGAAGCUUAUGAUAAUAUAUUUAAGACAAUAGGGAUAGCAUAUUUUAAAUCUAUUGGUGAUACUGGUUUAAUUGGAGGUUUAAUGUCCCAUGAGUAUCAUUAUACAAGCAAUAUCGGUGAAGAUAUUGUUUGUGUAUGCUCAGCUUGCCAAUAUGCUAUUAACAAAGCUGUAUGUACAGAAUCACAUUGUCCUAAAUGUAGAAGUACAUUUCUUGAACGGCAUACUGCCGAGGUGGGCCACACAUUUUUAUUAGACAAAAAAUACACAAAACCCAUGAAUGCAUUCUAUCAUUCACGGAACACAAUUGAGCCUUUGGUAAUGGGGUGCUUUGGACUUGGCCUGAGUCGUAUAUUUACUGUUAUGUCUGAAAUAUUAUCAACUAAAGAUGAACUUAGGUGGCCAAAAAAUUUAGCACCCUAUACCGUGUGCAUUAUACCACCAAAAACUGGUAGCAAAGAAGAAACUGCAACUCAAUAUGUAGACCAAAUAGUAGAAACUUUAACUCACUUAAAUAUCGAUACUGUACUCGAUGAUAGAACAGAAUUAACUAUUGGAAACCGUUUUAAACAGGCUUGCAUUACUGGAUAUCCAUACGUUAUAAUACUUGGUAAAACUGCUGUGAAAUCACCACCAAUGAUUGAGAUUCAUAACAUAAAUGAUUCGACACAUUCUAACAUAACUGUGGAAAGUGUACAGAAUUAUUUUGAAGUUAACAAUGUUAAAAUUUAA